GAGCGCGCGAGAGCGCACGUCAACAGAAACCAAUGUUUGCAAGAAAUAAACUAGUGGCUAAAAUACUCCAAGUUAAAAACCAGUUGAUCGCGAUCAAUAGGCAACAACGAACAAGAAACCAAAGACAAAGAAAAACGAGCUCACAUCACCAUCAACAGCUUGUCUCAUAUUCUGAUUCGAAACGAUUGCUCAGUAUAAUUCGCUGCGUCACACGUGCCCAACCAGAAACCCAAAGAAAGUUAGUAGUGAAGAGAGAAAAACGCCGAUCUGUUGUUAAGACACGAAAAAAAACACACGAAAUAAGCAGACAAAAAAAUGGCCAGAAACGGAGACGUAGUACUCAUUACAGGUGGUAGUGGCUUCCUUGGCCAGCAUCUCGUCAAGCAUUUACAGGAAAAUGACGACGAUGUCAAAGAAAUCCGAAUUGUCGACCUAAAACCAUACAGAAACAACUUAAAGCACGCUGAAACGAAGCCUAUUAAAUCCAUUGUUGCUGAUAUUUGUGACACGGAUGCUGUCGGGGAAGCAUUCGAUAAUGUUGAUGUGGUGUUCCAUUGUGCGGCCUACAUCAAUUUUCAAUUUCCACCUAACAUCAAUGAACUCGAGCGCGUCAACGUGAACGGUACAAAAAAUGUUAUAAACUUGUGCAUCAAACACAAUGUGCCAAGGUUAAUUUAUACGAGCAGCGCAUCUGUUACAUUGACAUCAUACUUGGGAUUGGCACCGUUUGCUGUUAUUGUAAAUCUAACGGAGAGCAAAACGAAGCAAGUGACAUCCGACAACGAUAUUCUGAUACCCGGAUAUUCGGUGACCAAACAUCGUGCCGAAAAGAUUGUGCUAGGCGCCAAUGGAACGAACUUAGCAAAUGGCACAGGUGAACUCCUUACCACAUCGAUUCGACCGACUGUAUUGUAUGGCGAAGAAGAUCCAUACUUUUUCCCAACAUUGGCCAAAUUCACAAAGAAAACCGGAGGCAUUAUACCAAAAGUGCUGGGAGCUGGUGGAAAACAUCAAAUGACCUACGUCGGUAACGUUGCCUGGGCACACAUCCGAGCAAAACAAACGUUAAAAAAUUCAUCAAAGAACAUUGCUGGUUUGCCGGUAUUCGUAACGGAUGACACUCCCAUCGAAGACACUUCACGCUUUUGCCAACGUAUGUCUCGUCGCACUGAUGCCUUCAACAUUCGCCCAACAUCGUGGUCAAUUCCAUCGUUGAUCGGCUAUUGGCUGGCUAUUCUAUUAGAAUUGAUAAUUUCAACGUUGAAUCCGAUUUUUGGCACCAAGCUCAAUUUUCAACCAAGAGCAUUAGCAGCAUAUGCUGGCUCAUUAUUACAAUACAGCCGAUUACGGGCUGAACUACACAUGGAUUAUGAACCAAUUUACAAUGAAGAACGUUCACUGGACGACAGUGUAAAAUGGUAUUCAGCAUGGUAUAAAUCCUAUUUCAACAAGGAUAAACAAUCCAAAAAAGCCGAAUAAUUCAUCGCUCUUGACUAUAGUAUACAUGCAAUUUAAGGGCUUUUUUUGUGUGUUAAUAACAUGCACGGACAUACACUACAAAAACGUACGCACGCAACAUACAUACAUUCAUAAAUUUUACCUUUAAACAUUGGUGUUGAACACUUCUUCUACUUUCUUGUUCUGUUUUUUUAGUCUUAGGACAAUUUUUUAUUGGGUUUGAUCCAAUUUGAAAUUAUAUAUAUUUUAUUAAGGGCAUCUAUCGCCCACAUUUUAAUAAUGUAUUUUGUAUAUACUUUUUGUAUAUACAUUUUAUAUUGCAGAAAGAAAAAAAUGCGAAUAAAUUUAUGAGAG